UACCCAAGUACUCCAUCCAGCGACAGAACAUCGAAGAAAGUCAGCAUGAAGCUUCUUGUACUCUGUCUUACCCUCGUCCUGGUCCUCAGCCAGGUUAAGGGAGAUCAGCCAGUUUGGGCGAAUGAAGCGGAAAAUGGAGCCCACCAAGACGCCUGGAAGAGUCUCAAAGCGGCCGAUGGUAAAUAUUAUUACAUGGUAAAGAUGACCUCUGAGAGUGACACAGCGUGGGGCGAUGACUUGGUUUGCGUGGGAUUAACGACAGAUAAUUUGGACGAGGAUGAGAAGAGCGCUAAAGUUGAAUAUAUUUUUGGGAGUACGGACGCACUGUACCAUGGUUCCCUUGAAAAGGUCACUGCUGUGAAAAUGUACGGCUACAAUAAGGAAAACGCCUACAGAUACGAGGCGGAAGAUGGCCAAGGUUUCACAGACAUCUUUGCUUUCUCUGAUGACAACUGCGAUGUAAUCUACAGUGUUAGUACAGACGGGACAGAAGCAGGUUAUGAACUAUGGGCUACCGAUUACAAGAACAUUCCAGCCAGUUGUUUAGACAAGUUUAAUGAAUACACUGCGGGCAUGGAGAUACGGGACGUAUUCACAAGCGCUUGCGUGGAGCAUUAGCUUGCGAAAAUCAAGCUCGCAAAGUCGAAUACGUGACAUUGUGGACAAGCGGUUCGAUCGCUUGAUGUAGCGUUUGAUAAUGGAAUAUGUCUCGGUUUCUGGUUUUGGGUAUUCUUGUAGUCAUUGCUAAUGCUUGGAAGAAUACUGGAAAAUAAAGCAUUCUGAAUCAGUAA